AUGGAAGACUCUUCAUUGUCUCCUCCAAGUGCAUGUGAAGCCAUCAGCAAAGUGGUGGACACCGUUUUGAAUGGCGAAAGACUUGUUCCCAUCCCCAACCAACCGGAGAAAUUGAUCUCUGAAUCAAAAAUGAGGGUAUUCUCCCAUGACAUUGCGGAUCAAGUCCAAAAGAUCCUAAAAAGCUCUCAUGGCCUCCAGACUAUUUCUGUGCCAGUGGGGAAGAGUCUUUCAGACUCCAUUCUCUGCAAGUUGCCGGCCAGAGCUGAGAGACAGAAUGAUGCUCCACCUGCAUUUAUUUACAGUUAUGUAGAGCAGGCUGUGAAGCAACUGGUGUCAUCGUGGUUGUUCCCUUCAGAAUCUUCUGAGGACCGAGAACGUUCCCAGCAGAACCCAGAGACCUCAACAUCAUCCUGUGUCCUCAACAUGAUCACAGAAGUGAUGGUCAAAGAGGUCAUGGUGACUCUCCCCACAGAGUUUGAGGGAAAUGUUGCCUCUGCCAACAGUGAUGACUUCAAGAAUGACUAUGCCUCCCUAGUCUCCAUGUUGGUCAUUCGACUUCUGAAGAAAGUCGAUAGCUUACGCCCUUCCAUCGGCACCCGUCAGGACGGAGUUCCGGAUAAAGUUCUGGAUAUCUCCAGAGAAUUGAUCCAGAAGAUUCUGUGUGAGCUUCACACACGUUUUGGUAUCACAAGUGAUGAAAGUCAUCCGCAGCAAGUGAAUUUUCACCUGAUGUACCGAAAUGUGUACAAGGAACUUACUAGAGAGUUUGGGUCUGAAGAUGUGCUGUGUUCUGCCCUGGAAUCGCAAGAUCCAUCUUUUGAGUCCUCCCUUGUGGAGAAAUUGACAGGAGAGAUCGGAAGGACUUGUAGCCAAACCCACUUAGCAGUGUCUGCAGCCCUCCCUCCAGUUCAAGCUGUAAAUGGGCUACAGGAAAAGACCAAAAAGAAGAUGACCCCAUCCUGGCUGAAGAUGCCAACAUUCAAUUGGAAGAAAUCAAAGAACGGAGCACGCAGUGUCCUUGACAGUGAGGGCUCUCUUGUUGCAAGCACAAGUUCCUCUCAGGUUCAGGCCAUGAAGACCGAGCUGAGGGAGACUCUAACCGAGGACACCAAGGUUCCUGAGUGUGCAGCCGGCCGUCUAGAGAUGGCUCAGGAGGAAGAGACCACAGGGUGCUGUUUCUUCAGGAUGCCCAAAUUCAAGUUCUCCUUCAAGGUAGAGUUCAGUUCAUGUAAUGCGUCAAUGAAAUGUGUCUAUUUUGUGGACUAACUGUGAUCUCACAGACUACUGAGUGAAGAACAAAUCGGUUCAGUAUGAUGUGAGUAUGCAGAUGGAAUAUUUAUUUUCUUUACAGUAUUUGAAUUUGAAAUAAUUAUUCUAUCUCUUUGUCAGAAAAUAAUGAGAGGAGCUAAAGUUGGCAAUUACCACAACGUCGCCUCAUUUGAAGAAAAGAACAGUAAUGUGCCAGCCUGUGCACCAUCCUCCUGUGAGACGCAGCUGAAUGAGGAGCCCUCUGCUGAGUUGGCUGCUUCUGAGGGUCUCACUAAGCAGGAUACUACAUCUGGGCUGACCAACAUAUCUUCUCCAGAGAUGGGACUUUCUGACUGAAAUGUUUAAGUCACCUACACAACUAGGCAAUCUUUUGGAUCAUUGGACUUUCAUUUCCAUCUAAA